AUCAUUUGAGAAGCUUGACACGCUGGCUCGGUUUAGCCGUAUAACAUGCCAGCUUUAAGAUUGAUGCUCAAAGGAGAGCCAGAGUAUUUAAAUACUUAACUUGACGGAGAAAUAGUUGUUACGAUUAACAGAUUGGCAAACAGCCAAGUCAACCAACAUCUGGGCGCUGCACGCAACAGCACUGCCUUACUUUUAGUGCUGCUGCCUCUUGCUUUCCUUCCCAAGGAUCUAGACAGAUCUGGACACUACAUACCAUCCUUCCUCCUUCAUCACCCCAUGCUAUAUGUAUCUUCAACAAUAUCAUCUCGAUAUUCUUAAUCCGGCCUAGUGCGCUCUUUGUAUCCCUACGUCAGACAAUGGUCCUCGACCCUAUCCUUCCAGAUUCUAUUCGAAUUUGAAGAGCACAUAACGGUGAGAAUCUGAGUAGGACUCUCCGUUUAUCUUAUAUUUCCUUUGAGCCUUGUCCUAGUUGUACGUGUUGUGAGAUACCUCGAGCCAUCGCGCCAGUCCCCCAUUUCUUUUAUUACUUUCGUUUCUUUAAGCUUAGUCCGACGGACCGAACAAGCCGAUACUCCAAACCGCUUAUACCGAUAUUACUGCCUUCGCAACCUACUAUGGACACCCAACCGUCGUUCGGAACUGCCACUGGCAGUGACUAUUUCCGGCGACCUGAGCCACAACCUGAAUCGCAGCCUGCGCCGAGUCAGAAUGAAUCAAAGAAACAUGUUCGAAUGUGUUGGAUCUGUCAUGACGAAGUAGAACCGACUUAUGAAGAGACGGGUUUCUUAGAUGGCCUUCGUAAUCGACGGCCAAAAAGGCAUUAUGUUUCUGAGGAUGGAGGCCGCCUCAUCAAUCCGUGCCUCUGUAAAGGCAGUGUUAAAUACGUCCACGAAGAAUGCUUGAAACUCUGGAUGAACGAAAACCCCAAUGCUUGGAAAUGUGGUCGAUGCCAUUACCAGUAUAGGAUGGAACGAUUUACAUGGGCCCAACGGCUCCGGAGCCCACUCGUAGCUCUCGGGCUCACCAUUCUCAUCCUCCUCGUUACGAUAUUUUUACUUGGGUUUAUAGCCGACCCUCUCCUCAACUUGUGGCUUGAUCCUGUUGGUACUAUAGCAGAGUCGGUCACGACAGGUCACAUUAGUUUAGAUGACGAUAUUGAUAUACUAUCCGAGGAAUCGGGUUGGUUUGGUCAUUUCAUAAAAGGACUUUUCUCGCUGGGCCUACUUGGGUUUGUCAAGGCGUUCCUUGUUAUGAGUCCGUGGCAAUGGUGGAACUUGCGGACUAGUGGCAUCAUAGGUGGAGGAGGAGGUCGUCGCGCUGGAACAGGACGUGAGCGCAUGGAAAGUAUUAAUUUGGCUCUCGUCCUCAUUGGUGUCUUCACAUUCUUAUAUACGGUGUGGAAAGCUACACGAAAGUGGACUGAGAGGACUCUCGAUAGGGCGAGCCAGAGGAUUCUAAAUGUCCAGCGCGAUAAUAAUGAUAAUAGCGCCGACGAUAGCGACGACGAAGAUUAGUCUAUAUAGGAAGAGCUAUUAACAAUAUCUUGAUCCUUAUUCGUGUGCGCUGUACGAAGUAUACAAAUUGUUAAGUAAUUUGGUUAUCUUGACCCUAGCUAAGGGGCAUGGAUCGGGCAUACCCAGAGACAUCCCCUCAACUAGGAUAAAAUAUGACCUUGUAAUCAGACGGCCUAUCAUAUCAUAUCAUUUGGCAUUACAGACAUCUCUUGAUAUUCUUUAGGCAAUGUUAGAUCCCGGUAAUAGGAACGUGUAAAGUCUAAGAGCAACUUGUUGAAGGACUAAAAUGCAGGUGAGCGGGCCAUGUCACAUGAUUGUUAUAAGUCACGUGAUUGUAUAUAUAAAAUUUAAGAUACG